AUGGCUAAUAAGAAUAACAACAUUGUCAUCGUCUUCGAUUUCGACAAGACGAUCAUCGACGUGGACAGCGAUAAUUGGGUCGUCGACGAGCUCGGAUUCACUGUUUUGUUCAACCAACUUCUCCCUACAAUGCCUUGGAACUCUCUCAUGGAUCGGAUGAUGAAGGAGCUUCACGAUCAUGGCAAAACCAUUGAAGAGAUCAAACAAGUCCUGAGAAGAAUCCCAAUUCAUCCUCGUGUUAUCCCCGCCAUCAAAUCCGCUCAUGCUUUAGGGUGCGAGCUGAGAAUAGUGAGCGACGCGAACACGUUCUUCAUCGAAACAAUCACUGAGCAUCUCGGGAUUAGCGAGUACUUCUCUGAAAUCAACACAAAUCCAAGUCUUGUAGAUGAACAAGGAAGAUUGAGAGUCUCUCCUUACCACGAUUUCACCAAAUCCUCCCAUGGUUGCUCUCGUUGCCCUCCUAACAUGUGCAAGGGUUUGAUAAUUGAGAGGAUUCAAGCUUCUUUUGCAAAGGAAGGGAAUAAUAAGAAGAAGAUGAUAUAUCUUGGAGAUGGUGCUGGUGAUUACUGUCCGAGUCUCAAGCUCAAAGGUGAAGACUACAUGAUGCCAAGGAAGAACUUCCCGGUUUGGGAUUUGAUUAGUCAGAAUCCGAUGUUGGUUAAGGCCACGGUUAGAGAUUGGACCGAUGGUGAAGCGAUGGAGAGGAUAUUAGUGGGAAUAAUCAACGAGAUUAUAUCAGCAGAGGAAGAAGAAGAGGAGAAGGAGAAGAUGAUGAGCUCUGAAAAUUGCAAGUUGUCUGUUGGGAUUGUUCAUGAACCUUUGUUGCCUCUUGCUCUUCAAGUUCCACUAGCUAAAUCUUGUUAA